UUUGUUUUUAAAAUUUGGGAGUUGCAUGGAAUUUACGUGUUACUCCGGGUAAGAAUGAGACACUGAACCCCAAGCAAAACCCUUUCCCUAUCGGUUUGCACUUCGCUGUUUCAACCCUUUCAAUUUCAUUUCUCAAAGCAAACUAGCAAAACCCACAAUGUCGUUCGCAUCAUCUAGGGCUUUCAAGGGCUGCAGAGCCCUGUUAGCUCCGUCGAAGUCCGCUGCCACCGCCACAACAGCCGCAGCAUUGAAACCCAAAGCCACCAAGACAGCGGAAAAACGGAAGUCAAAACCGGCAGAUUCUAUUAAGCGCACUGGAAUACUUCAGGCCACUCCCAUUUCCUCUGCUCUUCGCGACUUUCUGGGAGUCCCUGAAUCUUCUCGUACUGAUGCUGUCAAGAAGAUAUGGGUUUAUAUCAAGGAUCAAAAAUUGCAGAACCCCACAGAUAAGAAGGAGAUCUUUUGUGAUGAGAAGUUAAAGACCAUAUUUGAUGGAAAAGAAAAGGUUGGAUUCCUGGAGAUAGGGAAGUUACUAUCACGUCAUUUCGUGAAGACCAGUUAACUUUCGCUCUUGGGUGUUAGAUUUUCUUGCUGGACUUUGUGGAGUGAAGCUCUUAACUACUGAUGUUGAAUCCUUUUUUGUGCUAUUAUGCUGAUAUUUCCUUUUGCAUGAGAGCCAGUGUUUAUGAAUUGUAUUGCACCUGAACAAGUAUUUAGAUGGACAUUAUGUAAAAAUGGGCUAGUAAAAAAGGGUUCAUAUUUAACCUGUUUUCUGA